AUAAGGUCACGUCAAUAAUUUUAAUUAAAUCAAUUAUAGCGGUCCUGCCUCAGUUCUGCCAACAUGCCGCCAGCCAGGCUCCAUCUGGAUGGUUUCAGCCUUCAGAAUGAUAAGGGGAGAGUAUUUAAAGGGAUGUGCUGGACCCGAGAGUUUAUCAGUUGAAGAUUUGCCUUUAAAGAGGGAACGUAUUCUUCGCUCGCUGUACACCAGGAGAAGCCAUGAACUUUCUCAGUGGACAUCCUGCCCGGCUCGUUUUACUGCUUGUCGCCCUUCUAGAGCUCGAAGCUUUGCCCUCGAUAGACAGGAGCGAGAGACACAGCGAUGGGCUCUUCACCGGUGAGUUCAGCAAACUACCGACCACCCUGGCUGCCAGAAACUUCAUCAGUUCCCUCCUCGUGCCAAAACGCAGUUCAGUGAACCUUGGAUUGAGUAAGCGCCAGUUGGGAGAUUCUAUGUUCACUUCCAGGUAUUCCAGUUACUUGAGGACACAGGCCAAGCUGAAGCAAAUAGCAGCUUUAUUGCAACACGUUCAGACAUUCAAAAGAAGCAACGAUGACAACCUGGAGAAGCGUUUCAACACGAGUGGCUAUAGAAUGGAGGCGGAAUGGGCGAUCCGUGAACUUGACCAGUUCUGCGUUCCCUGGUUCCGAGACUACCUCUUCAGUGCUAGUAAUGACCCCGAGGGAGUGCUCCAGUUGAUCGACCAAUUCCUAUGCCCAGCUUUCGGCCGGUUGAUCGCGGACCUGAAACUGGGGACUUUGCUACCGGCCGACAUACCGAUGGAGAAAUAGGAGGAGGAAGAGGAGCUGGCAAAGCCGCCAACCACACACACCGUCCCCGCGCUGUGUGCUCGCAAUUCUGGUUCCAACCCAAUCACUGAUGGUUGGGUCCUUGAGACCCACAUAGCCAAUGGUGUGUUGUUGCUGAAAGUGCCUUUAAUUUUACUCUUCAUAAACAUGUACAUGGAAUUUUCCUCAUUCUCGUUGUUUUUCCCCUUGUUGCUGAACUCAGACAUUUAAUAAAUAAAAGUACUGUAUCCGUA